AUGGGCAGCCUUGGCCGGGCGGUGCCCGCCGCCCCCCGCCCCCCGCAGGCGGUCGCCACGCAGCCCUCAGCCCGCGCCCCGCCAGGCCCCGCGCGCCCCCUCCCCCUCUUUCCCCUCCCUCUCCACCCCCCCUCCCCGCUUCCCGGCGCCCCCCGCGCGGCUGCGGGGCGGGACAGAGCGCUCCGUGGGGGUGCGGGGAGGCGAGGAGGCGGCUGCGCGCCUGCGCGCGGGCCUCGCCCCUUUCGCCCCCUCCCCCGCCUCCCUCUCAGCGCAGGCGCAGUGCGGCGGCGGCUCGGCGAGGGGAAGGGCGAGUCGCCACUGCCGGAGCGGGGGGGAUCCGCGGGGCUCCGCGCCUCCGCCGUCGCCAUGGCGGGCGCGGCCCCCGCUUCGGCCCCGGCGAAGGAGGAGGCGGCGUCGUCGACGACAGCGACGCCCCUCUCGGCCGCGGAGCUGGCGAGGAUCGAACGGAACCGGCAGCGGGCGCUGGCACUGCGGCAGGCUCGGCUGGCGGCUCGGCCCUAUCCUGCCGCAGGCGGCGCGCGGGUGCGGGCCCCCCCCAAGGUCGUGGACACGGGAGGGGGCUUCUUCCUGGAGGAGGAGGAGGAGGAGAAUAAGGAGGCCGAGGCAGGGCCCGGCGCCACUGAGAAGAUCGUGCACCCCCCCGCACCCGUACUAGAAUUUGACUAUCUCAUCUGUGGAGACUGUGGCAAAGAAUUCAUGGAUUCCUACCUUAUGCAGCACUUUGAUUGGGCAACAUGUGAUAAUUGCAGAGAUGCUGAAGAUAAACAUAAGCUUAUAACAAGGACAGAAGCAAAAGAAGAGUACCUUCUUAAAGACUGUGACUUAGACAAGAGGGAACCAGUGCUUAGAUACAUUGUGAAAAAAAACCCUCAUAAUUCACGAUGGGGUGACAUGAAGCUUUAUUUAAAAUUACAGGUAAUCAAGCGUUCUCUUGAAGUCUGGGGUAGUGAAGAAUCAUUGCAAAAUGCAAAGGAACUCCGCCGUGACAACAGAGAGAAGAUGAAACAGAAGAAAUUUGAUAAGAAAGUUAAAGAACUCCGACGAGCUGUGAGGAGUAGCUUGUGGAGGAAAGGCACAAGUAUCCAUGAGCAUGAGUAUGGACCAGAAGAAAACAUUGAUGAAGAUACAUAUAAAAAGACAUGUACUGUAUGUGGUCAUGAAUUAACUUACGAGAAGAUGUAAUGUUAAUCUGUGGUGGUGAUUUGUUUGGUUUUUUUUUAAAUUCCAUUACAUUCUUAAUGGUAUUUUGUAUUAAAUAAAUGCUGAAAGUGAACAAGCUGUUGCC